GACUGUGAGAGACGCUUUCAGAGACUCUGGAAGACUGAAAAUUUUUAUAUAGGGUUGUUAAUAGGUAGCGGUAUAAUGUAGCAUGUUUGAAUGGUGGUGUACACUCAUAGCUACAGAGACACCUUGUAGUAAAUUGCCAAUUGUGAGAACAUUAUUAAAUUGUGGGAAUCCCGUGGUGCUUAGAAAAUAAAAAGUUACUGUGAUAAUAGUAAUAAGGGACUUGAAUAUAAUUCGAAAUGCAUGUGCCUUUUGUGACACAUCGAUUCAUUGAAUGUUACGGAUUUUAUUAUAAUUGUUGUUUUCGUGCAAUAUGCCACACGUGGGUGUGCGAGGGAGAAUAUGGUGCGAUGUUCGUUGUGUAAUCGGACGUAUAGGUACAUUACGAAUGUGAGUUAAAUCGAGUUGAGAAAGUGCCGAAAAAAAAAUAGACGAAAUGUUAAAACACGCCCUUCGGAAUACAUCAAACCCGGAUCUUACGAUUACCAGGAGGUCGUGUGCGGCGCUAUGUUAUCGGCGUCAUUGUCGACGUCGUCCUUGCAGUCUCCUUGUGCCAGGCGGUGGAGUUUGCUGCGAUGGGAUUAACAAAUAUGCUGUUGUUAAAAAGGACAAAAGGACGAAAAGGAGUUCGAUUUUAUCCUGGCCAUGUUCCGUUGUUCAGAGUCAGAUCGACUAUCCCGACAUUGAACAAAAUCAUAGGUUGCAACAACAGUCUCCUAUCAUGGACCAUUCUCAGUAUCGAACUGCUAGCAUGUAUGACGACACUUAUGGGUCAAGCCUGACAAGGCCUAGUCUUUAUCACAAAUGCAGUCGCGGUUCCCAUUCUUCCGACACUAGCUCGGCUUAUAGCGGUUCAGACACGAUGGCAUCAACUCAUUCCGAAUUUGACGGGGACGAACCCGAUCUUACAGGACUCGAAGAGAGCGUCGUUGAUAGCGACGAGGACGACGAUCUGGCUGAAGGGAUAGAUAGUUUGACCAUAAGGGACAGGGUGCGAGAUUGUUUGGAGAAGGACCCAUCGGAAAGAACCGAGGACGAUAUAGAAGCCCUUCUAGAAUUUACUCAACAUUUAAAGGCAUUUACGAACAUGACAUUGGCUGUGAGAAGGGCUCUAUGCUCUGUGAUGGUGUUCGCGGUUGUCGAAAAAGCAAAUACGUUGGUAAUGAAUGAUGGCGAAGAAUUAGAUUCGUGGUCGGUAUUGGUAAACGGUUCAGUAGAGGUCGUUAUAGAGGGUGAGGAACCUCGUACCCUUAACGUGGGAGAUGCAUUUGGCAUUCUUCCCACGAUGGAAAAACUAUAUCACAAGGGCGUAAUGCGUACAAAAACUGACGAUUGUCAGUUCGUGUGUAUUACUCAAAGUGAUUACUAUCGCAUUCAACAUCAGGGUGAAGAAAACACCCGAAGACACGAAGUCGAUGGUCAAUUGGUUAUGGUCACGGAACUUCGGGGUUCCGUGGAUAGUAAUCGACGAGGUCACGUAGUGAUUAGGGGCACCCCAGAACGACUUAUGUAUCAGUUGAUAGAAGAAAAUUCUUUGACUGACUCUACUUAUGUGGAAGAUUUCCUUUUGACACAUAGAACAUUCAUUUCGAGUCCUCUUCAUGUCGCGAAUCAGUUACUCGUUUGGCUCCAGGAGCCGGAAAUAAGGGACAGAGUGACGCGGGUGGUUUUACUUUGGGUGAACAACCACUUUACGGACUUCGAAACAGAUCCCGAAAUGAUCGAAUUCCUCGAAACUUUCGAGCAAGGUCUUGAGAAAGAGAAUAUGGUGGACGAACUGAAACUUUUAAAUAUUUCGUGUGCGGCAAAAGCUCGCGUUCGAAUCAUCGUUUUAACCAGGCCGAGUCGCGACGAGCCCUUGAACUUCCAAAUUCUGGGAGGUUACGAACGCAAUUUUGGCAUAUUCGUAUCUAAAGUGGAUAAAAAAUCGAAAGCAGAAGAUGUAGGCUUGAAACGAGGCGAUCAGAUAUUAGAAGUGAAUGGCCAAAGCUUUGAACAUGUGAGCCAUGCACGAGCUUUAGAAAUUCUUCGAGGAACAACCCACUUAAGCAUCACUGUAAAAUCGAAUCUUUUGCAUUUCAAAGAAAUGCUCAAUACGCCGGAUAACUCACCGAGACCUCGGAGCAGAAAAGUGACAGAGAUAUCGAGGCUACAACCGGAUCCUAGGGCGCGACUGUCCAGCGUGGAAGGGCUCAUUGUUGGUAUUGGUCCUCAUGCUCCUUGUACAGAACCGAUCACAUUACACAGUCCCCAGAAAGAUAGCAAUGGUGGAAAGAGCUUUAAGGCGUUGGGAGCCAAAAGGAGGUUGCAGAAAGCACUCAUGAAAAUGAUAUCAAAAAAUUUGAUCAAUACUGAUAUCGGAAUCGAUCAAGUGGAUAGUGUUCCUCCUCCUGCUACUUUGGGAAGUAACCUGUACCAUUCGCAGAGUAAUCCGGACUUGAUGUCUAUGUGUUACGACGAUUUAAGAGGCAGUGACUUUCCUGAACACAUUCUAAAAGUUUACAGGCCAGACCAAAGCUACAGGUACCUGCUUAUUCACAAGGAAACCACGGCACACGAGGUGGUGAUGUUGGCCCUGCAAGAGUUUGGAAUGACGGAUCCGAGCAGUAAUUUCAGUUUAUGUGAAGUCUCGGUAACCGACAACCAGACGAUCAAGCAACGUCGACUUCCAGACCAGUUACAAAACCUUGCCGAAAGGAUCGGUCUCAGUAGUCGAUACUACCUGAAGACGAACGGCGUUACCGAAACACUUGUACCUGACGAACUCGCGCCCGAAUUGGUGCGCGAGAGCGCUGUCCAUUUUCUGCAACUUAACGCCGUGGAAGUGGCCAUUCAACUGACCUUACAAGACUUUAGCAUAUUUAGACAGAUAGAACCGACCGAAUAUAUAGACGACUUGUUCGAAUUGAAGUCGAAGUAUGGUACGCCGAUGCUGGACCAAUUUGCGGCGCUGGUCAACCGCGAAAUGUUCUGGGUGGUUACCGAAGUGUGCAGCGAACACAAUCCUGUGCGUAGGAUGAAGAUCAUUAAGCAGUUCAUCAAAGUGGCAAGGCAGUGUAAGGAAUGCAAAAAUUUCAAUUCGAUGUUUGCCAUUAUUAGCGGUUUGGGACAUGGGGCCGUGUCUCGACUUAGACAAACGUGGGACAAACUUCCUGGGAAGUACCAGAGAUUGUUUGCAGAAUUGCAACAGCUAAUGGACCCUUCGAGGAAUAUGAGCAAAUACAGGCAACUUGUUAGUGCAGAGCAAAAUCAACCUCCAAUCAUUCCAUUUUAUCCUGUGGUAAAGAAAGAUCUGACAUUUAUACAUCUAGGUAACGAUUCUCGCGUUGAAAAUCUCGUAAAUUUUGAAAAACUCCGUAUGAUUGCAAAGGAAAUAAAAGGUCUGAGUAAUAUGUGCAGUAGUCCUUACGAUUUACUCACCAUGUUGGAAUUGGGUGGUCAACCUGCUAGUAACGCAAUGGUCGCUCUUAAUCAGAUGACUACUGGUUCCUCGCAACAUCAUCCUCAGGGUCAGGCAACUGUAAAGCGGCGGAAAAAGUCAGCUGCCGCCCCAAAUCACAAGAAAAUGUUCGAAGAAUCUCAAAUGGUUAGACGUGUCAAGGCCUAUUUAAACAAUCUACAGGUGGUGACAGACGAAACUAAGUUGCACGAGAUGUCGCUGGAGUGCGAGGGUACAACCGGUGGGGGUGGCAGUGCCGCCACCGCUGUACCCAUUACUCAAAGAGGUAAAAGGCACGCGUCACCCGCCCCUUCUACCACUAGUAGUACUAGUAGUACCAGCGACGAGAGAAAACCACCAACAGCCAAGUUCGGAUCCGCUUCCCCCCAGGCAGUUCGAAAGUUGCUGGCCCUUUCUGAGCAGUCCAAGACCAGACCUCACCAGCCCAAACAGCCCCCAGUACCCUUGGGUUUUAAUUUAGCCCAGCCGAGCCCUGUCGUUCGAAGAGCACCAAGUUCGACGGGCAGCUAUUCGAGCUACGGUAGUUCAAGUAGUUGUGGCACGGGGGGUGGUCGUGUAUUGCAUGAGAGAUCGCACUCUGACACCCCCACACCGCUGCCUUCUGUUGCCCUUUCAGCAGAAAGCAGCAGCGUUACUUCUCUUAGUAAUUUACCUCUUAGGAAAACGCUCACUUCAGGCUCGGUGGCGUCUUCAGAUUCGGGUCACAGCACAAACAGUUCAGGGGACGGUUCUGGAGGUUUAGCGCACGUGUAUCAACCACGCUGUCCUCCCAGUCCACCCCCGAACAGUAGGCAACCUCCUCCCUCUGCUGUCAAUGGAUGGUGUCUGCGUGCCGGGUCUAUGCCCCCCUGUCCUCAUGCUGUUGCCGUUUUGCCCCCUUUGCCUCAUGCAAUGUACAACGGUCCAAGCAGGCGACAGCCCCCUGCUUAUAGUGUAGCUGCUCAAAUGGCGCGGCUACAUCGAUUGGGGAGGGCACAUUCUCAUGAGGGAGUCACGCAGGGUUAUUAUUAUCACACAGAUCCCGAUACUGAUCAAGAUGAUGAAGAGACGCAGGUAUCUGCAGUUUGAAUACAAAAUUACCCUUUUCAUCCAGUGAUUUUUUUUCUUAUUUUUUACCCUUUUUUUAUCCGAGAAAUGGGUUAUUUUGAAUAUGAAAAAUCAAAUUUGUGAUUGCUCGAGAAACUAAGAGAGGGGAAUUUUUAGUUUUGACGCACAACAUUAUUGCGCAAAGAAAUGAUGUGUGACGUGUUUUUUUAGUUUUGGGGACCAAAUUUUAUUUGUUUAGUUUGAAAAAGAAUGAACAAAUUUUGGUAAAAGAUUAUCUCGCUUUGUAUUAAAGUAAAAGAAGCUCUCGAAUAAUAAUUAAGUAUUUUGUUUUAAUGCGUCAUGAAGGGAAAACAUUCAAACUGAUU